UUCCUCCUUAAACCCCAAACCCUCCUCUCCCCUCCUCUAACCCUCGAAACCCCCACAAGGCCUCGUUUAUCGCUCUUUUUCCUCUGUUCUCUAAUGGGUAGUAGCCAAGCUGCCGUUUCAUUUCUCACCAAUCUUGCUCGCGCCGCUUUUGGUCUCGGCGCCGCCGCGUCGGUACUUAACGCCUCCCUGUUCACCGUCGAUGGUGGUGAAAGAGCAGUUCUCUUCGAUCGAUUUCGCGGUGUGAUCGACGAUACUGUUGGGGAAGGAACUCAUUUCUUGAUCCCAUGGCUGCAGAAGCCUUUCAUAUUCGACAUUCGUACGCGACCUCACACUUUCUCCUCAGUCUCCGGUACCAAGGAUCUUCAGAUGGUUAAUCUGACCCUCCGUGUUCUCUCUCGCCCCGAGAUCUCUCGCCUCCCUGAUAUUUUCAAGACCCUAGGGCUUGAGUACGACGAGAAGGUCCUCCCCUCUAUUGGGAAUGAGGUUCUGAAGGCCGUCGUCGCUCAAUUCAACGCUGAUCAGCUUCUGACCGAGCGGCCUCAUGUGUCGGCUCUUGUGCGUGAGAGCCUGAUUAAGCGUGCCAAGGACUUCAACAUUGUUCUGGAUGAUGUUGCCAUUACUCAUUUGUCCUAUGGCAUGGAGUUUUCUAGGGCCGUGGAGCAGAAACAGGUAGCGCAACAAGAAGCUGAGAGGUCAAAAUUUGUUGUGGCGAAGGCGGAACAAGAAAGAAGGGCUGCCAUUAUUAGGGCUGAGGGUGAGAGUGAGGCAGCCAAGUUGAUUUCUGAUGCUACUUCAGCCGUCGGUAUGGGUUUGAUUGAGCUUAGGAGAAUUGAAGCAUCAAGGGAAAUCGCAUCCACGCUCUCCAAGUCACCGAAUGUCGCUUACUUGCCCGGUGGUCAGAACAUGCUUUUGGCUCUGAACCCAUCGGCUCGUUGAAUUGAGUUUCUUGAUGGAGUGCUUGGAAGGGUGAUCUUCUCGGACAUUGAGUUCUCUCCCUCUUGUUCGUAUUGGUAAAUGAAUAUCAUUUCAAUCUUCUGUAGAAUAAGAAAAAUUAACAACUUUUUUGUCUCGUAGAAAUAUUAGUUUGAUUAUCGACCUUAUUCUUGACUUGAGAAACAGUUUUCAUGGAAUUUUUGCCUGGUUGGGACUUCAUAUUCUAUGAGCAUGCCUUCGUUUGAACA